AUGGAUUUAGCGUACAUGUACACAUUAAACGGAAUCACAUGGACAUGGGACAAUAUCAAGCCUCAGGAUCCCGAUGAGGCACUUCUCGAAACUACGGUUGUUGCCCUUCCAACAGCGAAGGAUUAUGAAAGGGAGAUUAAGAAGAUGAUGUUCCCAGACCAGUUUGCUGAUAAUGUUGAGGAUUCGAAAGUGGCCGCAUUCGAACUCUGA